CAGAAGCUUUUACACUUAUUUCUAUCUUUUUCUCUCUAGGCCAAAAAAAUCUUCUAUGAUCUAAUAACUAAAUCUCUAAAAAAAAUCCAGCAAGAAUCAAAAUCUUCAUCUUAAAAUCUAGUGUUCCUCAUUUUUUGGUGGGAUCACUGAUUUUUUUCCUCUUUUUUUGGAUCCUCUGUUCUUCAAAUUUUCAGGAAAAGGGACCAAUUUUUUUUUGAAGUACCCUGAUUCCAGAACAUUUUACUACAGAUUCCUCAAUUUUUUUCAAAGUUUUUGGUGAAAAAACCACUCAGAAACUUGCAUUUUUCUAGAAAAACCAUGGAAGAUAACAGCUUUUUAUGUUCAUCAUUCACAACACCAAUUGACAUAAAAGAUUCAGUAUCAGCACUUAUCUUAACAGCAGGUGCUAAUAACACCAAUACUUUGGACUCAAUCUUCUCUUAUUGUCCACCUUCAAACCCCAUCACUAAUAGCAAUGAUCCUUUAAUUGAGUCACUAGGGUCCUCAGUUUACCUCAAACAAAGGGACUUACUUCAAAAAUUCUGGCUCAAUAACUUGUCCAAAAACAAGAUUCAUGGCUCUUCAUCCUUGAGCUCUCAGUUGCUCGAAAGUUCGAGUUUCCGUGUCAAUUCACAAAUCAACAAUCCAGGAAAGAAGAAGCUUUAUAGAGGAGUUAGACAGAGGCAUUGGGGUAAGUGGGUAGCUGAAAUUAGACUACCUCAGAACAGAAUGAGGGUAUGGUUAGGAACAUAUGAAACAGCAGAAACUGCUGCUUAUGCUUAUGAUCGUGCUGCUUAUAAGCUCAGAGGAGAGUAUGCUCGUCUUAAUUUCCCAAACUUAAAGGAUACAACAAAACUUGGGUUUGGUGAUUCUGCAAGGAUGAAUGCAGUGAAAUCUGCUGUUGAUUCAAAAAUCCAAGCCAUUUGUCAGAAAUUGAAGAGGGAAAGAGCUAACAGAAUUGCAAAAAAGAAACCAAAAGAAACAGAUACAAGUCACAGUGGUGGUGUUGAUGGUGUUGGUGGUCGCGGCAAUGAUGGGAAUAGUAAUACUCAUAGUGGUGAUAGCAACUUGAAAGAGAAUGAUAGUUUGAUGAAGGAUUCAUAUUCUUCAUCAUCUUCAUCAUUUUGUUCAACAAUGGUAAAUGACAGUGGGAUGGUUUCACCAAGCAUUUCUGAAGAAGGUUGGUGGAGUAAUGGGAAUGGAACUUCACCUUCUUCUGAUUCAAUGACUAGUUAUCCUAUGAUGGCAGAUGACUUUGGUUUUAAUGAUUGUUCUUUAGAAAAGAUGCCAUCGUUUGACCCAGAAUUAAUCUGGGAAGUUCUUGCUAAUUAGGACAGAGUUUGAUAUAUAUAUAUAUAUAUUGACAGAGGUUUAAAAGCUAUGUAAUAUAUAGAUUAAGUAGUUUUAUUCUAUAUUUUGGUUAGUGUGUUUAGAGAGGCUCUAGAGCAUGUUACAUGUCCCUAUGUAUGUUUGACAAACAAUAAAUGUUUGGAUGGUGAAGGAGUAGAGUACUAGCCGUAUAUUCUUGUC